UAUAUCCUUUUUCUUUUGAUCUUCAAUUUUCGAGCAAAAUAGCUAAUGGGUUGGAUAAUCUUUCAUUUUUUUAAAUCUUAAAUGAGUUGGAUUGAAUUGCUUUUAUUUGUUGUUUUGUCAAAUUGUUUUCGUGCUCAAUUUACUUCUUGGGUUUUUGUUGUGAGAAUAAUCUUUGCCAAUUGUCUGCAAAAGAUGCCCAUUUUCUUUUGUUGCUCCUAGGAAUUUUGUUAUCUCCCAUUUUGCUUGUAUACAAUUUUGCAGAUUCCAGGCAUCGAUGGCUCCCUCACAUUACAUAAGUAAAAAUAUGGAUUCCUCUAGCGAGAAGCAUGGUCUUUUGUUUUAGGAUUGCUCUAUGGCAACUGGCAAGAGCAAUGGUCAUCUGUUAUCAGCUAUGGGUUUCUCAAUAUACUCUAGAGGGUGAUAAAAAUGGCUUUUCUAGCAACUGCUGAAGCUUGUGAUUCAAAUGCAGCACUUUUAGCAAGUGGUGACUUGCGGGCUUUACAACCGAUUUUCAAGAUAUAUGGCCAAUGUCGAGCAUUCUCAGGCCCCAUUGUCACUCUUAGGGUGUUUGAAGACAAUGUGAUAGUGAGGGAGCUUCUUGAAACUAGAGGUGAAGGAAGAGUACUGGUUAUAGAUGGUGGGGGAAGCAUGAGAUGUGCUUUGGUUGGAGGAAAUCUGGGACAAUUGGCUCAAAACAUGGGGUGGGCUGGUAUUGUAGUCAAUGGCUGCAUUAGAGAUGUUGAUGAGAUUAAAGGAUGUGAUAUUGGGGUGAGAGCCUUAGCAUCACAUCCCACGAAAUCCAACAAGAAAGGCAUCGGUGAGAAGCAUGUACCGGUGCAAAUCGCCGGAACCCUGAUUCAAGACGGUGAAUGGCUGUAUGCAGAUAGUGAUGGCAUUCUUAUCUCAAAAUCUGAGCUCUCCGUUUGAGUAAGAACUUAGGCCUCAAAUUGAUCAGCUCAUAAGUGGAGAGGAUUUUCCAGGCCACCCAUAUUACAUUUUUUCUACAUUAGCCAUGUUUACAUCAAUAAACUUCAAUACUCAUUUCUACAUGAACUAAAUUUGGAAACAGUGACAUGCUUCUCUUCAGA